UAAAAAUCUAAGAACAACUAGGCACUGCAAUAUCAAACUCGAAUUCAAGUAGAAUUUUACUAAACUCAGAUCAAACAUUUUUUUUAGCUUGAAAUCAGAUCUAUUAAUCACCUUUGAAAUUGUAGAUUGAUCAUUAAAUCAAACAUUUCAAUCGAUCCGAAUAGGAAGAAAAAUGGAGUCUCCGCCCGAAAGGGAAAAAUCGAACCCGACGUCCUCUCCGAUUCCUGUUGUCUCCAAUUUCUGGAAAGAGUUUGAUUUGGAGAAGGAGAAAAGCGUGUUGGAUGAGCAAGGACUGAGGAUAGCUGAAAAUCAGGAAAAUAGCCUCAAAAACCGACGCAAGCUUGCAGAGAGCACUAGAGAUUUCAAAAAGGCUUCUCCGGAGGAAAAAUUAAGUUUAUUUAACUCUUUACUUAAGUGCUACCAAGAAGAAGUCGAUAAUCUUACCAAGAGAGCAAAAUAUGGAGAAAAUUCUUUUCUGAACAUAUAUCAGAAGCUAUAUGAGGCUCCAGAUCCUUAUCCGGCUCUUGCUUCAAUUGCGGAGCAAGAUUUAAAGCUGUCUGAACUAGAAUCGGAGAACCGGAAGAUGAAAGUUGAGCUGGAGGAGUUCAGGACAGAAGCUACUCAUUUAAAGAAUCAACAAGCAACAAUAAGAAGACUUGAAGAGCGUAACCGUCAGUUGGAGCAACAGAUGGAGGAAAAAGUGAAGGAAUUUGUGGAGAUAAAGCAACGUAGUUUGGCUGAAGAAAACCAGAAAACACUUGAAGUUUUGAAAGAAAGAGAGCAAUCUUUGCAAGAUCAACUACGCCAAGCUAAAGAAAGUGUUUCCACUAUGCAAAAAUUGCAUGAGCUUGCUCAAAGCCAACUAUUUGAAGUUCAUGCUCAGUCAGAGGGAGACAGAGCAGCAAAGCAAUCAGAGGUCAACCUUCUAAUGGAUGAAGUAGAAAGGGCUCAAACACGGCUUCUUAGCCUUGAAAGAGAAAAGGGAGUCCUCCGUUCUCAACUACAAACAGCAAAUGAAGAAACUGGAAGUAAGCAAAGUGACACUGUGGAUUCAAAUAAUGUACUUGAGAAUACUUUGAGUGCCAAAGAAAAGAUCAUCUCCGAACUCAAUAUGGAACUACACAACAUUGAGACCACCUUGACAAAUGAGCGUGAAGAACACAUUAGUGAAAUCAAAAAGUUAAACAUGCUACUCAAUGAAAAGGAACUUGCUCUUGAAGAGUUGAAGAAGGAGCUUCAAGCAAGGCCCACCACAAAAUUAGUUGACGACCUGCGUAAAAAAGUCAAAAUAUUGCAGGCAGUGGGCUAUAAUUCAAUUGAGGCUGAAGAUUGGGAAGCAGCCACUAGUGGGGAAGAGACGAGCAAAAUGGAAUAUCUUCUUCUUGAUAAGAAUCGGAAAAUGGAACACAAACUUACACAGUUAAAGGUUAAAAUUUCUGAGAAGGAAUCUUUGCUUGAAACUGCUGAAGGAAAGGUAGCAGAGCUUACUGCAAAAGUUAACGAACAACAAAAAUUAAUACAGAAGUUGGAAGAUGAUAUAUUGAAGGGUUAUAACUCGAAAGAUCAAAAAAGUGGUCUGUUUGAUGAUUGGGAUCUUUCAGAGGCUGGGCGGGUGGAGCCAUCUGAGAAUGUAGAUCAGAAACAUGUUUCUUCAGAUCAAGACCAGAGCUCUAUGCUAAAGGUUAUCUGCAAUCAGCGAGAUCGGUUCAGGACACGCUUGCGAGAGACAGAAGAAGAGGUAAGGCAAUUAAAGGAGAAGAUAGGGGUACUAACAGCAGAGCUGGAGAAGUCAAAAGCUGAUAAUGUCAAGUUGUAUGGAAAGAUGCGUUAUGUCCAGGACUAUAAUCUUGAGAAAGUCGUUUCUAGAGGAUCCAAGAAGCACGCAGAGGAUCUGGAGAGUGGCUUUUCUUCAGAUGUUGAGUCCAAGUACAAAAAGAUAUAUGAAGAUGAUAUAAAUCCAUUUGCAGCCUUUUCUAAGAAGGAAAGGGAUCAAAGAUACAAGGAGUUGGGCUUCAGGGACAGAAUAACCCUUAGCAGUGGGCGUUUUCUUUUGGGAAACAAGUAUGCUCGAACUUUUGCAUUUUUCUAUACCAUUGGUUUACAUAUCCUGGUAUUCACCUGUCUGUACAGAAUGUCGGCUCUGAGCUAUCUGAGUCAUGGCGAGGAGAUGGCAAAUACAGCAGAAAAACAACUAAAUCUCCCUCAUGCCUUUUAAUAUUUUUUCUCACGGGAUGGCAAAUAGAGUUGAAACUUUGAAUAGAAAAGUUAUAUAAUGUAAAUACAACAAAAACUAACAUCAUUUUUGUUUCACUGCCUGUCUUGCUAAAUUUGAAGGUGCAAUGAAAAUAGUGACAGUUUUAUUUA